UAAUCCAUCCACGAAUGCUUCCUCAAGAGCGCAACAUCGAAAUGGCUACCAGAACUCCGUCUACUGCCCGCAAUUCCUUCCGGGCUCGCGCGUGUGAAAAUUGUCGUCUUCGGAAGAUCAAAUGUGACAAAGCGAUUCCUUGUUCUGGCUGCAGCGCUCUGGGGAUUACAUGUAGUCCUGCGGGUACAGCGCUGAAUAGUACUCCAGCCACUCGGCAAAUAGCUGCUUCUGACGAGUACGAGCAAAGGCUUUCGUCAAUGCAGGAGCAGCUUGAGACCAUUCAUAAAACGCUCCAGCAAAUAACGCAACCCUCGAUGUCCUUACCACCAGCGCCCGAACCAACUUCUACCGGUCCGACAGCUCCACCGUUUGAAGGACAGUCGUCUUUUCAUCACGAGACCCUCGUGGCUAGAGACGCAGCCUACUCUGCAGCAACCACGUCACGAGAUGGACAACUGGAUGACUACGUUUCUGCGGCCCUCUCUUCCUUGAAGAGCAGUCUGGACAGACACCAUGCCUCAGUCGCUCAGAGCGGGCUACAAUCGUCUGUACAAACAAAGGAACAAGUACUUCCAGUCGAUUUUGUUGUAGCCGUGGUGAAGAAGGUCAAAUCUCAGCCUCCUUUUUUCCUGGUCAGUCAGUCCUGGGUAGACUCCACCAGAGUGGAAUUUUUGUGCCAAUCAAUAUACUUCCCUUUAAACCCUGUACCUGCUGGGUCCCUUACCCUGUUCUACGGUCUACUGUUCUACAUAAUCCGUGAUUAUUUGCAUGCCGGAGACCACGAUCUUGCAAAUUUUGAUCUUCCCUCGAGCCUUGAGCUCUGUGAACAACAGUUCCUUGCAGGGCUAAGCAAUCCUGAACUCAUGAUUGACCCGACACUAGAAAAGAUACAGUCAUUGCUUCUCGGGGUUACCAAAGCACAAGAGGAGUUUGACAUUCAACGUUGCUGGACUUACCUCGCGCUGGCGUUCAAUAUGUGCCAGAGCAUGGGUUUGCACCGAUGUUCUACUUUGGAGACGGAUGAUACUGCGGUUGCAGAAGCUAAACGACGUGCUUUCUGGGCAUUGUACACCAUUGACAAGAAUAUAUCUCUGAACAUUGGCGUGACCUCUCAUUUCCAAGACCAUGAUGUUGAUGCCGACCUUUUCAGUCCUUCCAACAAUCCCAAGCAACGUCCUUGGGACUUAAUGAGCCUCGUGAUCAUUGAAUUUGCAGGGAUUCAGGGUAGGGUCUAUGAUAAGCUUUAUUCUACUUCGGCAUCCAGGGCAACCGACGCUCAAAGGUCAACUGCUAUACAAAAGCUAUCUUCUGAUUUGAUGGCAGUACGAGAUAAACUGCUCGCGAUUGAUGUCAGCCAGGGCCUUUAUGCCGACUCCUUGCAUGGGAUGGCUGCCUGUGCUGACUUCAUAGCCUGUUCUGUACUAACAGUCAUCUACCGGGCCCAAACACGCCCCCGGGAUGCUAUGGCAAUUUCGUCCCAGUGCUAUGAAUCUGCAACUGCAGCACUGCAGAGUCAUCUCAAAUGUUUUACCUACUUCCGUGGCCGUCAAACUCACAAGCAGACAGAAUAUGUCAACUGGAUCCUCCUCUACCCAUCUUUCACCCCAUUCGUCAUCGUCUUUACCCACGCAAUUACGACAGCCAGUACAGCCGACUUGGCUCUCUUACAAGACACCACAAGCUCCUUGGAGCUAAUAAAAGGACUUUCACGUGGCUCGAUGCACCUCUACACCGUCUGCGAAGCAUUUGUCAGGGCAGCUCAAAUUUUAGUCAACUCGCAACAAACGCUGACGGGGCUGGAACAACAUCAAGACGGGUCUCUCUUCAUGCCUAUGUCUGACGGGCCGGGAAAUAUUGCCUUGCCAAAUGUUCCAUGGCCGGAUGACAUGAUCGAUUCGAGCAUGAAUCAGGCAGACAUUUCCAUGUUUCUAAACGAUUUCAUCGGCACCAAUCGGUCUGUCAUGGAUAUUUUGAGCUCUGACUAUAUCAAUGAAGCCAUU